AUGAAUGGUGAAAAUAAUGAUAAUGUACAAACUGGAAGAGGUGUAAGACGAAAAAGAUAUCAAGAAGAUGUGGAUGAUCAAGUUAUAGGACCAAAUUUGAAAGAGUCAAAAGUGGAAAAUGAUGGAGAAGAUAAAAACAUAUUGAUUGAAAAUCAAGACAACCAAUAUGCAAAUGAGGACAAACAGGAGGAAAGUCUGUCUAAGAAUAGUGUUGAAUUAUCAAAAUCAAGUUAUAAAGAACAACAAUCAUCUAAAAAUAAGUCCAAUUAUCAACCGAAAGCAGAUUCAAAUUAUCAAGCCCGUGGCACUAAGAAACAAUAUCAAAAUUCAAAUUACAAACAACGUUUAAUUUCCCAAAUUGAACAUCUUGAAAGUAAGGAUUAUUUAACAAUAUCAGAUCAAUCGAAAUUGAAUCAUUUACAAAAUAAACUCCAUAAUUUACAAACAAAAAAUAGUGAAUAUAACUUACCUACAGAUUCAAACAUAGAUAAGCAGGACCUCCUCAAGAAUGAUAAAAGAGAAGGUUAUAAAUCAGUAAAUUGGGAAACAGAACAAUUUGAAAAGGCAAAACAAUUAACAUUACAAAAUGAUGAUAAAAUAUUACCUGAUAAUAAUGAAUAUGAUUUUGUAUUUGAUGAAUCUAAUUAUGUGAAUUAUGAACAAGAUGAAGAAUUAAAAGGUAAUGAUCAAGAAGAAAAUGAGCCUCAAAAUUCAAAAGAAGUGCUCGAAAUUGAAGAAGUUAAAAAAUCUUUACCGGUUUAUAAAUACAAAGAUGAAUUUUUAAAAGUUGUCAAAGAAAAUCAAGUACUUAUUGUUGUUGGUGAAACUGGUUCUGGUAAAACUACGCAAUUACCUCAAUAUCUUUACGAAGCUGGUUAUUCUCAAAAUGGAAAAUUUAUUAUUGGAUGUACUCAACCUAGAAGAGUAGCAGCCACUAGUGUUGCAAGUAGAGUUGCUCAAGAAUUACAAGUCAAAUUAGGAAAUGAAAUAGGUUAUUCAAUCAGAUUUGAUGAUAAAUCAAGUUCCAAAACUUUAAUAAAAUAUUUAACUGAUGGUAUGCUAUUGAGAGAAUUUUUAAAUGAUUCAAAAUUAUCAAAUUAUAGUUGUAUCAUGAUUGAUGAAGCACAUGAAAGGACAAUAUCCACCGAGAUUUUAUUAAGUUUAUUGAAAGAUAUCACUAAUAUUAGAUCAGAUUUAAAAAUUAUCAUUGCAUCAGCUACUAUUAAUGCUAAAAAAUUUUCCGAUUUUUUUGGAAAUGCUCCAAUUUUAAAUAUACCAGGUAGACGAUUCCCGGUAAAGAUACAUUAUACAAAACAACCAGAAGCUAAUUAUUUACAAGCUUGCUUGACUACAAUUUUUCAAAUUCAUUUAACACAAGAAUUACCUGGAGAUAUAUUAGUUUUUUUAACUGGUCAAGAAGAGAUUGAACAAUUACAAGAAAUGCUAAAUGAUGCAAUAGACAAAUUGAAGUCACAAUUGCAGAAUGGAUUAUAUGUAUGCCUGAUUUAUGCAAAUUUACCACCAGAUUUACAACAAAAAAUAUUUGAACCAACACCACCAAAGACCAGAAAAAUAGUAUUAGCUACAAAUAUUGCUGAAACUUCUAUAACUAUACCUGGUAUUAGUUUUGUAAUUGAUCCAGGUUAUGUAAAACAAAAUGUAUUUAAUUCAACUAAUAAUAUGGAAUCUUUAGUUGUAGUACCUUGUUCAAAAGCAAAUUGUGAUCAAAGAGCAGGUAGAGCAGGUCGUAUUGGACCUGGAAAAUGUUUUCGAUUAUUUACUAAACAAUCAUUUGAUUCAGAAUUUGAAAUGAAUCAACAACCAGAAAUACAAAGAACUAACUUAGUUACAAUAAUUUUAUUAUUAUUAAGUCUAGGUAUUAAUGAUUUGAUAAAUUUUGAAUUCUUAGAUCCACCGAAUAAGGAAAAUAUAAUCAAGACUUUAAAUUUAUUAUAUUCAUUAGGUGCAUUAAAUUCACAAGGUAAAUUGACGAAAACUGGGAGAAAAAUGAGUGAAUUUCCAAUCAAUCCAAUAAUGACAAAAUGUAUAUUGACUAGUGAGAGAUUUAACUGUGUUAAUGAGAUAUUAACCCUAAUUUCAAUGUUGGGAGAGCUGAGUAAUUUAUUCUUUAUACCCAAAAAUCAAAAAGAAUUGUUUGAAAAAAGAAUAACUGAAUUUAAAUCACAACCGGUUGAGUUAGGUGAUUUUUUCAUAUUAUUGAAUAUCUAUAAAUCAUGGAGAUCUAAUGGAUAUUCAAAACAAUGGUGUCAAGAUUAUUUCAUACAAUAUAAAACAAUGAGAAGAGUAAAAAAUGUAUAUGAACAAUUGUACAAACUAACUAAAAAGAUAGGAAUAUCCUUCGAAGAAGAAGCAACAGAAAUACACCCUGAGAUGAUAAUCAAAUGUUUACUUAGUGGGUUCUUCAAUAACAUUGUGAAAUUAAAUUCGAACGGUCAACAUUAUAUAAAAAUGAAAAAUGGUGGUGAUAAUUCAGGAAUACCAUUAUAUCUACACCCAUCAUCUUCCUUAUAUAAAAAGAGACCUAGACCGAAAUAUUUAAUGUAUUAUGAAUUGACAUUAACAAGUAAAGAAUAUAUGAGAAAUUGUAUAAUAUUAGAUGACAAAUUAAUUAAACAAUAUUUGAAACAAGAAUAG